CGUGAUCUCCAUGGAAACGUCAUCAAGCUCGAGCUUUCCCUGUGGCUGUAGUUGAGCGCUAGCUGAGCAUGGCAGCAAAGGUAAUGAUAAAGAGGGCCGAUCCAGCAGAGCUCAAGUUCAUUUUCUUAAAGUAUGCCAGUGUGGAGAAGAAUGGAGAGCGCUACAUGUCCCCAGAGGACUUUGUCUUCAAAUUUCUCCAUGCGCAAACAGACAUUUGGCUUUCCAAGGAUUCCGCCGUUCUACUGACAGGUGUUUUGGACCAAACCAAAGAUGGGUUGAUCUCCUUCCAGGAGUUUCUGGCUUUUGAGUCGGUGCUGUGCGCUCCGGAUGCUCUCUUCAUGGUCGCCUUCCAGCUCUUUGACAAAACUGGAAAUGGCAUUGCCACCUUUGAGGAUGUGAAACAAGUUUUCACUCAGACCACAAUCCACCAGCACAUCCCCUUUAACUGGAACUCCGAAUUUGUUCAGCUUCACUUCGGCGCCGACAGGAAGAAGCACCUGAACUACGGGGAGUUCACUCAGUUUCUGCUGGAGAUGCAGCUCGAACACGCUAGACAGGCUUUUGUGCAGCGGGACAAGGCCAAAUCAGGCACCAUCACCGCCCUGGACUUUAGGGACAUCAUGGUGACCAUCAGACCUCACAUGCUCACUCGGUUUGUGGAGGAAAGUCUUGUCGCAGCAGCCGGUGGCAGCACGGCGCAUCAGGUCAGCUUUUCUUACUUUAAUGGCUUCAACUCUUUGCUGAACAACAUGGAGCUCAUUAGGAAGAUCUACACCACCCUGGCAGGCAACCGCAGAGAUGUGGAAGUUACUAAAGAAGAGUUCAUCAUCGCGGCGCAGCGGUUCGGCCAGGUGACCCCAAUGGAAGUGGACAUCCUUUUCCAGCUGGCGGAUCUGUCAGAGCCGAGAGGCAUUCUGGUGGAGAAGCAUCUCGCUCAGUUCUGAUCCAGGCAGCGGAGUCGGCCUACAGGUUCACCCUGGGCUCCGUGGCUGGAGCUGUAGGUGCGACGGCCGUGUACCCCAUCGACCUGGUGAAGACCCGCAUGCAGAACCAGCGCUCUUCAGGGUCCUUAGUGGAAGAGCUCAUGUACAAGAACAGCCUGGACUGCUUUAAGAAGGUCGUGCGCUACGAGGGCUUCUUCGGCCUCUACAGAGGCCUGGUACCGCAGCUUCUGGGCGUGGCUCCCGAGAAAGCCAUAAAGCUUACAGUGAAUGACUUUGUGAGAGGAAAGACUCUGCAGAAAGACGGCAGCGUUCCUCUACCUGCUGAAAUCUUGGCCGGCGGAUGUGCUGGAGGAUCUCAGGUGAUCUUCACAAACCCUCUGGAGAUCGUGAAGAUCCGUCUGCAGGUGGCGGGUGAAAUCACCACAGGGCCACGCGUCAGUGCUUUCUCUGUCAUCCGUGACCUGGGCUUCUUCGGCCUCUACAAGGGUGCGAAAGCUUGUUUCCUGAGAGACAUUCCCUUCUCUGCCAUUUAUUUCCCCUGCUACGCACACACCAAGGCGGCCCUGACGGAUGAAGACGGGCGAGUGGGACCUGGCAGGCUUUUGCUGGCAGGGGCGCUGGCGGGCAUGCCGGCCGCAUCCCUGGUGACCCCAGCUGAUGUUAUCAAGACGCGGUUACAAGUGGCUGCCCGUGCAGGCCAGACUACAUACAAUGGACUCAUUGACUGUUUCUGGAAGAUUCUUCAAGAGGAGGGCCCUCGUGCCUUCUGGAAAGGAGCUGGAGAAAGCCGGCUGGCGCAGAGCCUACUCCCAAGUCUCGCAUCAGCCUCCCGGCGCCCAAUCCUGACCACAUCGGUGGCUUCAGGUUGGCCGUGGCCACGUUUGCUGGCAUCGAGAGUAAAUUUGGACUGCAUCUACCACGAUUUCAAGCGUCUGCAGGGCCACAUGUUUGAGGCCAAGCGAAUACAUGAGGGUGACUAUACCAAACACACUCACACACACAUACACACACACACACAUUGCUUCCUUCUUACUGCGAACAUAAAACCUUCAGCAGACGAACUGAAAAUCAUGUUUUAUGCGAUUAUUAGUGCAAAUGACAGCUUUAAAGUACAACAUAGAUGGGGAUGAUGUUUAAUAUUUUGUAAAUCUACCACAAAGUUCAACGGGAUUGUAGUGCGACUGAUUUAUUUCGAAUGUAAAUCACGUCACUUUUUAUUUAGUUAACCGUUUCUGUUUUUUUAAUGCAUUGUAGUGUAUUUAUUCUAUGUUUUCAUGACAACAUAGCACUUAAAAAUAGGAAAUGUUUCCUCUGAAUUAAAAAAAAGCUUCACUUA